GGUUUUGUUGCACACACAUUUUUCCAAAAGAAUAAAAAAAAAUUCUUACAAUAAUGUGGCACCAAACCAAGUUGUGGAAGUUUUUUAUUGGCUUAUCGAAGUAGCAUAUGCCCCCCCUCUUCUUUGAUGACUCCUAACGGAGAAAGGCUAAAUACUUGGAUGUGGAUUGCAAGUAAGUUGGGGAUGCAUAUUCAACUAAGAUAUUCAAAGAAAACUUAAUUGAAGGGGUUCAACACCUAUUAUAAUCAGAUAAAAAAUAAUUUUAAUCGUAUAUUUUUUCGUCGAAGGAGGUCUGGAUGAACCCUAACGAAAGUCUGGCUCCGUCCCUGAUGGGAAGAGUGUAUCGUUCAAUGGAGAGGAACAUCAAAUUUCCGUUAUUUAUUACUCCCUCCGUUUUAUUUUAAUUGGACAUCUUUCUAAAAAAUAUUUGUUUCAAUUUGCUAAAAUCAAAAGGAUUUUAAUAUAUUCUUUUAAUAAUAUCAUUAUCAUUAAAUGACUAAACAAAUUGUAUAUAUUCAAAUUUAUAUUUUCAAAGCAUAAUUAAUAAGACUAAUUAGUAUCGACUUUUGUUUUUCUUUAAUUUCCCUAUAAAUAAUUGUGAAACAGGGUUUUAAUUGCGAGAAAGCAGAGGAGAUUAGGAUGUUAAUCGUUAAAGAAAGAAAAAUACUAGGAUACACGAGAAUUCUCUGGCUGACCCCAUGAGUACAGCUAACCCGCCACCGGUCACCACCGUAAUACCGCCAAAGCCACCCGACCCAUGUGGGGAAAUGGAAGUGGAAAACACGAGAAUUGCCUAACUAAUAGUGGUGACCGGCGGCGGGUUAGGUAUACAGUGAACUCAUAGUACAUAAAUGAUCUCAAUUCUCAAAAUUAAAAUUAAUUGAUAUACUCAAUGUUCUAGACUUAAUGCAUGAAAUGGAGUAAUAUCUAUCAAAUUUCAAUAUUUAAUUAUUGUAUUGAUUAUUGCACCAUAAUACUAAAGUAAUAGAGCAUGUGAUACAUUGAAUUAUUCGUCACAACCUUUGGAAUUCUCCACUUUAUGAUGAGACUACUGAAAAGCGAAAAGGAUAUCCUUGCUUUAGCGUACGGGUUUGACUACUGGAAUUAAUAUGAUGACUGUUAGUUUACCCUUAUGAUGAAGCAAUUGUGGUUAUAAAACGCGUUGGUCGUGCACGCCCAGUAGACAUGAGAGUUUUCCAUAAUGACGACUUCAGAGACCAAAUUGCGCAUGAAGCUACUGGUUGACACUAAGGCUAAAAGAGUGCUAUUUGCUGAGGCUGAUAAGAGUUGUGUUGAUUUCCUCUUUCACAUUCUCUCGUUGCCUGUGGCCACUGUCAUUAGGCUUAUUAAGGAGAAAGGGAUGAGUUAUGGAUGCUUGCCUGAACUCUAUGACAGCGUCGAAAAUCUGAACGACACCUAUAUUCAGUCGAAGGACUUACUUCUAAACCCCAAGUCAUCAGUCACUGGGAUUUCUUCAAUUCCUUUUCUAUCAAUUAGUGAUGUUCCGGAGACACAGAAGACCAUUUAUGGAUGUUCCAGCUCUAAUUCUUAUAGUCAAUGUCGCUCAUGUUAUUCUGAUAGCUCUAAUGCAAGAUGUAUACAUUGUCAAAAUUCUCUGUCAAGAAUGUUGACGUAUGUUGCUCCUCCAGGAGCGAGUGGAGCUGUGGCUGCUCGAAAAGGUUUUGUGAAGGAUGUGGUGACAUACAUGGUGAUGGAUAACUUGGUGGUUAAGCCUAUGUCCACCAUUUCAAGCAUUACACUUCUCAACAAGCUCAAUGUCAAGGAUGUUGGUUUCCUGCAGGAGGUAGAAGUUAAUUUUGGAAUGGAAGAGGCACUCAAGUUGCUGAAGGCAUCCUUCGAGUCGAAAACAGUCCUGACAAGUGUUUUCAUGAGCAUUUAAGGUGGACAUACAGUCACAUGGAAUUUUGGAUCUCUAAGUUUACUAGUUGUCCUUUUAAUUCGAAUGAUUUUCUUUUGUGUCUUUUCCGGUUGGAGUUAAUUCUGAUUUUAGCGCUACCUAGCUAUAUGUUCUUAUAUCCGUUGCUAAAUUUUACUUCGUUUGCCUAGUUUGACAUUGUUUUGUUAUCUUCUCUGCUUUCACCAUCUUUUGGUAACUAAAUCAAUGCAUAUCUCACUGCCACAAUUUUGGUUCCAUGCGAAAUCAUAUACUACUUGUUUUGGUA